GCAUAGAGAGGUUCCCCUUUAAUGACGCAUUUUGGGAUGCGUAGUUUUCUAUGCGCCAGGAUAAUCUCCCGCGGUAGGCUGGGGCUGAUUUGGAAGAAUAGGCGUUGCAGCCAACACAGCCAGAAGAGGCACCGUUGCCAAAGGCGGGUGCGCCCCAUUCCCGAGCAGCUUUCAAGCUGGACAGAUGACUUGCCGCUAUGUCAGCUCUCUGGUGUCGGUUCAGCUUCUAAUCGUUCCUACACUACUGAUGGAAAGGGCACUGAAAUUCAUCCCUUAGAGGAUAACUGGUUGAAAUUCAGAAGUGAGAAUAAUUGCUACCUCUAUGGAGUCUUUAAUGGUUAUGAUGGUAACCGAAUCACAAACUUUGUGGGAGAGAGGCUUUCUGCAGAACUCCUACUGGGCCAGCUGAAUGCAGAGCAGGAUGAGGCAGAAGUGCGCAAAAUCCUGUUACAGGCCUUUGAUGUGGUGGAACGAAGUUUCUUGGAGUCCAUUGAUGAUGCAUUGGCAGAGAAGGCCAGCCUCCAAGCCCAGUUACCAGAGGGAGUUCCCCAUCACCAGCUGCCUCCUCAGUACCAGAAAAUUUUGGAGAGGUUGAAGUCUGUAGAAAAGGAAAUCUCUGGAGGAGCCAUGGCCAUUGUGGCAGUGAUUCCUAACAACAAACUUUAUAUCGCUAACGUAGGAACAAAUCGUGCACUUUUGUGCAAAUCUACUAUGGAUGGAUUGCAAGUGACACAACUCAAUAUGGAUCACACUACUGAGAAUGAAGAUGAAUUAUUCCGCUUUUCACAACUGGGUUUAGAUGCAGCAAAAAUAAAGCAAGUAGGAACCAUAGGUGGGCAAGAAAGUACUCGGCGUAUUGGAGAUUAUAAGGUCAAAUAUGGCUACAGUGAUAUUGAAUUUCUGAGUGCUGCGAAAUCUAAGCCAAUCAUAGCAGAGCCUGAAAUCCAUGGUGGGCACCCAUUGGAUGGCGUCACAGGCUUUCUUGUGCUCAUGUCAGAAGGACUCUACAAAGCUCUAGAAGCUGCUCAUGGACCUGGACAAGCCAAUCAG